CCCGUCGGUGCGCGACGCUGAUCCCCGGCGGCGGCGGCUCCGCUGGUCCCCGCUCGUCCCGGCGGCAGGACGCGCCCGCCCUGCUGCGCUCUCGGGCGGCGGCCCCGGGGGAGGCCGGCAUGGCGGAGAGCCCGGGGCGGCCUGACGCCCCGCCGCCGGAGGGGAGCGACGUCCCGCGCGAAGGAGGCGACGAGGAAGGGGCGGCGGCGGGGGACCCGCAGCCCGGGGUGUCCCUCGAGGGGUUGGCGGAGCCCCCGGACGGGUCUCCCGCCGGGGAGGCGCCGCGACUGAGCGGGGAGGGGGCGGCUGGGCAGGAGCCGGCCGAGGCGGCGGUGGCCCCCGAGGGCAGCGGCGGGACGGGGAACGGCUCCCCCGAGGGAGCGGCGGAGACCCCGGGUGGGCCGGGCGCGGGGCGGCAGGCUCCGGCGGGGUCUGAGCAGCGAGACCCCGACGGGGGCGGCCCGCGGGGCGAGGGUCUGCCAGGAGGGGAGCCGGUGGCGGCGGCCGCAGGGGUAGACGCGCCCGAGGGCUCCGCGCCGGCGAGGGCAGACCCCGAGGACGCGGCAGUGGCCCCAGCGGGGACGGAGCCCGAGGAGGCAGCCCCGGCGGGAACGGAGCCCGAGGACACGGCCAUGGCCCCUACGGGGAGGGAGCCCGAAGAGGCGGAGGCGGCCCUGGCGGUGCCAGACCCCGAGGAGGCAGAGCGGGAGGCAGCCCCGACGGAGACAGACCCCGAGGAAGUGGUGGCGACAGCCCCGGCCGGGACAGACCCCGAGGAGGCGGUGAGGGAGGAAGCCCCGUCGGAGCCAGACCCUGAGGUGGUGGUGAGGGAGGAAGCCCUGUCGGGGCCAGACCCCGAAGAGGCUGUGAGGGAGGAAGACCCUGUGAGGGAGGAAGCCCUGUCAGGGCCAGACCCUGAGGCGGUGGUGAGGGGGGAAGCCCCUGUGAGGGAGGAAGCCCCGUUGGAGCCAGACCCUGAGGAGGUGGUGAGGGAGGAAGCCUCUGUGAGGGAGGAAGCCCCGUCGGGGCCAGACCCCGAGGAUGCGGUGCGGGAGGCAGCCACGGCAGGAACAGUCCCCGAGGAGGCGGCGGCACCGGCGAGGGUCGAGGUGGCUCCCGAGAGCCGCGGAGAAGCGGAGGUGGCAUUGCCGGCCGGAGGGGAGGCUGACGGCGGAUGCCGGUCGCCGGGCGGCCCCGACGGCGAGGACGGAGCAGAGAGGCCAGGGGCGGAGCGGGGAGCCGGUGCCCCGCCGGUGGCAGGAGCGGGGCCCGCGGCCCCAGGGGCAGGGGAAGGCGGCGCAGCGGCAGCGGGGCAGCGCGGCGGGUCCCCGGGCCCUGAGGGCAGCGAGUGGGACGCGGCCGGUCAGAGCCUGAACGGCGUGCGGGGCCGGGCCGAGGACGAGGAGGACGAGACGGGCUCACCAGCCGCCCUGGAGGAAGAAGAGGAGGAUGAGGAGAAGCAGGAACACGACAUCUCCCUCUUUGUCAAGGCUGGCAGUGAUGGGGAAAGUAUUGGAAAUUGCCCGUUCUCUCAGCGUCUCUUUAUGAUUCUGUGGCUAAAAGGUGUCAUAUUUAAUGUUACAACCGUGGAUUUGAAAAGAAAGCCUGCUGACCUGCAGAACCUCGCCCCGGGAACAAACCCCCCCUUCAUGACAUUUGAUGGUGAAGUGAAAACCGAUGUCAAUAAGAUCGAGGAGUUCUUGGAAGAAAAGCUAGCUCCACCUCGGUAUCCCAAACUUGCACCAAACCACCCGGAGUCUAACUCUGCAGGAAAUGAUGUCUUCGCAAAAUUCUCUGCGUUCAUAAAGAACCCGAGAAAAGAUGCUAACGAAAAUUUGGAAAAAUCUUUGCUUAAAGCCCUGAGGAAGCUGGACAACUAUUUAAAUAGCCCCUUGCCUGAUGAAAUUGAUGCUUACAGCACUGAGGAGAUCACUGUUUCCAGCCGGAAAUUCCUGGAUGGAGAUGAGCUCACCUUAGCAGAUUGCAACCUCCUACCAAAGCUCCAUAUAAUCAAGGUUGUUGCAAAAAAAUAUAGAAAUUUUGAUUUUCCACCUGAAAUGACAGGGAUUUCAAGAUACUUGAACAAUGCAUAUGCAAGAGAUGAAUUUACAAACACUUGUCCCGCUGAUCAAGAAAUUGAGUAUGCAUAUUUGGAUGUUGCAAAGAGAAUGAAGUAAACAGAAGAUGCCUCCAUUCUUUAUUGCUUCUGAGAUUUAGAUGGGCACGAGCCAAGAUGGAAAAAACAAAAGCCAGCAUACAUUCUGCAGUGUAAUUUUAAGUUCUGCUAUUGGCCAAUCCUUCUUUUAUAAUGAUUGUAUAGCAUUAUUUGCUCAUUCUUAAAUUAUGUAUGUAUAUGUUUGUGUGUCUGUACAGAUGUCUGCACACAUGAAUGUCUGUUGUGCAUCCCAAGUUAAAGGCAUCAGUCAAUAUUAAAGCAUUUGUUGAAGUUAGGGAAACAGUGUAGGUCACACAAUUAUAGCAAUACUACAGACUAGUGACUUAUGCUAAAUUGCUGAAUUUUGAGACGAAAUAGCCCUGUUUCUAACACACAUUUAACUUGUCAUUAUUGCUGCCUCUGAUCUCUGUUUCACAGUUGUUGCCAAACUUCACAGUUACUGGGAGGGUGUCUGUUUGCUUCUCUGCAAGCCUCGGAGGGCCACAAGCCAGCAGCUGGUGCCCAUGCAGCACCCUGGUUAACCCAGGAGAGAGGCCAGCCUGUUGGUGGGACCACAUCUGACGUCCCAGAAGCCCUCUCCUCUGUGCUAGACACCUGCAAGGCAGGUCAAUGAAGAACAACUCCUUUUCAUUUUGCAUGAGUCUUCUUUGGUAUUAAAAAUAAAUAAAUAACUUAAAAAA